CUGACAAUUUUACAGCACAAGAGCGAAUUUUCAUUUUCAAAACUUGAGAGGAGAGUUUUGUAAUUUUUUUGUGAGAGUGGAUAUUAAGCUAUUGUCCCCAAAAUUAAGCAGUCUUUAUCGUGAAUUCGCUGUGCAAACAACAAAUCAUUCAGUCAGAAUGAGAUUUAUAUUUUUAUCAAUUUUUCUUUCCACAGUUUUUGUCACUUUUGAGUGCUCAAAAGUAAUCGAAUUAAAAUGCAAUCCAAACUUUGAUGUUCAAUCAAUCGUGAACUUACCUUAUCGGUGCAUCAAUGGACUUUCAUGUUUUUUUGAGGAAAUCCACGUAGAUGAAAGCACAAGCUUAGUUUUAAACUUUGACGAAGCAAAUUACGGACUUGAUUGUGUUGGAUUUGUUAAUAGUACAAUCAGCAAGUUGCCAAGUAAUUUGUUCAACAAGUAUAAAGCUGUAAAUAGUUUAUAUGCAAGUGGAAUUGAUUUACUUCAACUUCCUUCCAACACUUUUGAAAAUGCAUCAAACAUCCUCGACAUGAAUCUCAGUUGGAAUAAAUUGACAAAAUUAGAAGAGAAAGUUUUUACGCCGUGCUCAAAUCUAAGGAAGCUCGUGCUUAAUCAUAAUGAGAUUGAGGAAAUUGAUGUAGAUGCGUUUGACAAGCUUUACCAAUUGGAAGAGCUUGACAUAUCCAACAACAAAUUGAGUUUAAUUCCACAUAAAGCAUUGGCACAAUUGGAACGACUAAGAACUUUGAAUUUAUCAAAUAAUUCAUUCAUCGUUCGUUAUGGACAGUUCCCAAAUUCUCUUGUAACUUUGGAUCUUUCAUACAAUAAGUUGGAAAAUUUCACACUCAAGUCAAUAAUCUCGUUAACCAAAUUAAAAUACUUACACUUGAAUGGCAAUCGAAUUUUCCGUUUUCGUCAGCAUAUCUUUCCUGAUGGCAUACUCGAUGUUCUAAAGUCCUUGAAACAUAUUCAGCUAAGCGAUAAUGAGUUCUAUUGUACAACAUUGGCUGAUAUUUUCAUAUUUAUGGAGAAAUAUAAAGUUACUAUUGAUGUUGUGCCUCAUUUGAUCAUCUUAAACUCUUCAAAUAUUCAUGGUGUUGGAUGCAGGGAAGAAUCAAGAUAUUUGCUGUAAUUUUCCAGUACUUCUGGUUUUUAAAAAUUCACAAGGCGUAUACACUCGAAAAAAAAGUUGGGAUUUUUCGGGAUUUUUGUAGAAAACCUGGGAUUUUUUUCAGGGAUUUUUAAAAUUUUAUAAAUUUUUUUUAUGGAAGUAAAAAUCUUGAAAAUUUGCUCUAAAAUUUUUAAGAGAGUUAUU